CUUAGCCUUGUUGAAAGCUAUGUGGUACGUACUAAGAGAUUUUUAAUCGUCUAUUGGUUUGAAAUAUGUAGCAAUGCUUUAGGAGUGCUUUUAUGUUACAAUUGGGACCCUUGUGAUAUAAGUCGUAAAGAUGUUGAAUACUUGGCUUAUGCUACUCUCUCUUAGGCAAGUUGUACAUACAUACAAUAUAAUAUUGUUGGCGAAUUGUUAGAUAUAUAGUGCAUCGUACCUUAGUUGUUUUGAAAUAUUUGGUAUAGAGUGCAUUAGGUACUAACUUUUCUGCUUUUAUUUACAUCAAUCGGUAACUUGUUGAAUGAGAAGAGUGCAUCUACCGAAGAUAAGUAGUAGAAGACUAGUAGAUAUUUCUGUAUAUACUGGGAUGGACAAGGAGGCUAGUACGUCGCAAGACACACGUGGUGGUUCCAAGAAUCAGAAUUCUUCAAGCACUACAGUAGCAGAUGACAAAAAGGAUCCUGGUGGAACUUUCAAGUGUUUUUUCUGUCAUUUAAAUGAACAUUUCGAUUAUAAGGGAUCGCAACCUCCCUUCUCAAAGCAGAUAUGUUAUUCCGAAAACUGUUAUAUAAUGAAAGACCCUUUUAGUUUACCAAACAGAGGAGAAGUUUUGGUUCUUGGUGGUGACUGUAGUGUAUGUAACAAAUCCGUAUGUUUAGGAUGUAGCAUUUUUUAUACUAAACGAUUUUGUAAAGAAUGUGCAUUUAAUAAUGUAAAGCAAUUUCCUCUGCAAUUGCAUAAUAAGAUAACAAGUUUGGCACAAAGUGAGAACAUUUAGGUAUUAUAUGUACAUUAAAGAAAAGAAGAGGUAUUCUUGACUUCUAAAAUUUGUAUUUGAAAAAUACAUGUCGCAUACCAUCCACUCACUGACACAUUUAUAUACAUUCCAUCAAAGCAUUCACACUUACUGCAGACACAUAUGUAAACAUUUUUAAUGGAAAUGAUACAAAUAAAAUUACGUUAUACUUUAAA